AUGGCGGGGACGACGGCGGACGCGACCGGGACGGCAGGGGACCGGCCAGGGGCCGCCCGGGCUGUGAGCGCGCUGCUGGGCUAUCGCGUCUACGCGCGCCGCUGGGUCUUCCUGCUGGUGGUCAGCCUGCUAAGCUGCUCCAACGCCACGCUUUGGCUUAGCUUUGCGCCUGUGGCCGACACCGUCGCCAAACACUUCUCCCUGUCCAUCGAGCACAUCAACUGGCUCUCACUGGUCUACCUGCUGGUGUCCAUCCCGUUUGGCGUGGUGGCCAUGUGGGUUCUGGAUUCGGUCGGCCUCCGUGGCACGAUCAUCCUGGGUGCGUGGCUCAACUUCCUCGGGAGCGUGUUGCGAACCGUGCCCUGCAUGGUCUGGGUCUGGAAUCCGUUUGCCUACCUCAUGGCCGGGCAGAGCCUCUGUGCCCUGGCGCAGACCCUGGUUGUCUUCUCUCCGGCCAAGCUGGCCGCCGUGUGGUUCCCUGAGCACCAGCGAGCCACAGCCAACAUGAUCGCCACCAUGUCAAACCCCCUGGGCAUCCUCCUGGCCAACGUGCUGUCACCUGCUCUCGUCAAGAAUGAGAGCGACAUCAUCUUGAUGCUCCCAGCCUAUGUGAUCCCGGCCGGUGUCGUCUGCCUACUGGCCACCACGUGCCUCUGUGAGAGUGCGCCGCCCAGCCCUCCCUCAGCCGGGGCUGCCAACUCCACCUCAGAGAAGUUCCUGGAUGGGCUGAAGCUGCUCGUGCUGAACAAGGCAUACGUCAUCCUGGCGCUGUGUUUCGGGGCCGGCAUCGGAAUCUUUUCCAGCUUCUCCGCCCUCCUGGAGCAGAUCCUGUGUGUGCGUGGCUACUCCAAUGAUUUUGCAGGCCUCUGUGGGGCCCUCUUCAUCGUGUUCGGGUUCCUGGGGGCACUGAUUCUUGGCAUGUAUGUGGAUCGGACCAAGCACUUCACCGAGGUCACCAAGAUCGGCUUCUGCCUGACCUCCAUGGCCUGUGUGGGCUUUGCUGUGGUGUCCCAGCUGCCGGGACAGGCCAUCUGGCUGGCUGUCACCUGCUCCCUGUUCGGGUUCUUCGGCCUGUCAAUCGCACCUGUCGCCAUGGAACUGGCCGUGGAGUGCUCCUUCCCUGUGGGCGAGGGUGCCGCCACAGGCCUGGUCUUCGUGCUGGGGCAGAUCGAGGGGGCGCUCAUCAUGGUGCUGCUGACGGCCCUGACCCAGCGUCGUGCAGAACCCUCCUACUCCACCUGCCAGCACGGGGAGCCCCCACUGGACUGGACAGUGCCCGUGUUGCUGAUGGCCGGCCUGUGUACCGCGUGCAGCUGUGUCUUCAUGUUCUUCUUCCACACCCCGUACCGGCGCCUGCAGGUCGAGGCCAGCGCCUCCCCCUGCAUCCAGGAGGACUGCGUCCAGGGGAGCACUACCACCACCACCGUCCCCUCUUGGCAGCCACACCCUGUGUCCCCAGGACAGCACCCACAGCCGGCUUUGUAG